AUGAAUAGCAACUCUUUUUACUAUGUUGAUAGCGAGGAUAUGGAGCAAUAGGCAAAUAGCUGUGAUAUUUCUCUUUUAAGUGACUUCGGAUCACCUUUUAUUGGAUCAGUUUUUAAUGGAGAUCGGAAAAGCAACUUGAGUAAGUAAAGUAUAACAAAGAGAAAGGGAGGUGCUUUUGAGCUCUUAAUGGAUGAAAUUACAAAUAAGAUACCUCUUGUAGAUUAACUACAAGAUAUGUACAACUAGGAAUUUAACUCAGGCUUGUCUUAAGAAUGUUCCUUUAGAAAUAUCUAAAAUAAUCACUCAACUAAGGAAAUUCUAAAGCUAUCUGUUGAUGCCAUUAGAGCACUUUAAUUAGAUAUGCUUGAAAGAAGAGGUGAGCUAGAUCUAUAGAAAUAGGUUUCAGAUCAGCUUAUCAAAGAAAAAUAAAAUUUGAUUGCUGAAUUUGAGUCUUAAUUAUAGACAAUAAAAGAUCUGAAUGAGUACGUUAAUACAUAAGCUGCAGAAAUUAAUAGACAAGCGAAAAUCAUUGAGUUGAGAGAUAAAACAUUUUAAAACUAAGUUCUCUAUAAUAACUAUACAACAGCAUAUUCCUAAUCCUUAAUUUAAUAGAAAGAAGAGGAAGAGAACAAAACUAGCCAAAUGACGUAGACUGACCAUUAAGUAUUUUUGAAAGGUGAUGUCGAUAUGAUACUACUUAAGAUUUAAUAUCUUGAAAACGAGAAUAACCUACUUAAUCUUAAAAAUAAUGAAAUGCAAGAACUACUCAAUAAUAAAACAAGUUCUGAAAAUAUGGAUUCUUUUAAUAACAGCAGCAAUGGUCACCUGGUUCAAGGUUUUGAUGAAAAAAUUUUAAUUCAAUCAGUUUAAGCCCUUAUUGAUGAAAUUAUUAAAGUCUAAAAUAACAAUAACAAUACCCAAUAAAUAUAACUAGACUUAAAUUAGUUGUUAAAACUUGCAAAGUCUAGAUAAUAUUUCAAGUUGAUGGUGAAUAUUAAUAAAAGUUUUGUCAAUUACAUUGAAUCAAAUGUUAAUAGGAGAUACUCAACUGUUUCUGUCAAUACUAUUGAAGCUAACGAUGGUUUUAUAAGAGAUUAAGGUAUACUUUAAGACAUUUUGUCAGCCAAAUAGGAAAUUAUGAAUGAACAGAGCAAAUCCAAGACAGGGAUAAAGAAAGUUAAGAUAGUUUCUCAAAAUCCUGAAUAUCCAUAGGAAAAUUUUAGCUUGUCAUAUAGAAACUAGAAAAUACCGUAAAUUUAAAAAGAGCCAUUAAAAAUAUAAGAACCUCUAGGUGAUGCAAUUAAUAUAAGGUUAACCCCAGACUUUACUGAGUAAAUCAAUAGUAAAAGUCCUACAGUUUUAAUUGGUAAUCGGAAGCCAAACAUUAAUAGUAAUUCUUCAAAAAGUCUGAAAACAAAAUAGGCAUUCCAAUACUAAAAUCAUCAUUUCAAAAUAGAAACAGAUACAAUAAAUGAUUGUCUACAAGUAUAAACUGAUAGGCCUUCAAAACAAACAAUUCAAGUUGCAAAGAAUUAAAAUUUAACGUCUAGAAGUAUAAAAGAUAAAAGUACAAGCAGAGAUCGAUCAAUUAGAUCUAAGAAUUCUGAAUAGCCCUAAAAUUAGUUGUGCAAUAACAAGAUAUUUAAUACUUUGAAUAACUAGUUCACAUAAUAGAGAUUGUUAACAAAUAGACGUAGAUCAGACAAUUGCGAUAAUACUAGCAAGUCUAAUGCAACCCCCACUCUUUCAUAGAGAAUCUAGAAUUCUUCAAUUACUCCUAGAUAUAACAAGAACAUUAAUAAUCAUUCUAAUGUUGCAAAUUCUUUACAGCAGUUUAUUGAAUAAACAGAGGAAUUACAUCAAGAAAAGAAAUCACCUACAAAGUUAAGUAAAAGAGAAAAUGAUCAAGUUAAAGUUAAUAAAUCUCCUGAAAGAUUAUACAGAGUAGAUUCUAAACAAAAAGAAUUCAAGCCAGUAGUUACUUAAACAAGUAAAAUAAGUAAUAAGAUUUUGAACUCCUACAGACAAGAAAUUCAUAACUAGACAAAGAAAUAAUAGAUUUACAAAUCAAUGACUAAAGAACAAAGUUUGGAGAGCGGAAGUUUGAUUCCUCAGUCAACUAACAGCCUUUAAAACUAACAGUUCUCAACAAUUAGCAGUCCAAGAGAAUAUACUUAGAUUAAGCAGUCAAGUAAUCACAGCAAAAAUCUUAGUUUCAAUAGAUUUAAAUAGUUAAUGGGAAAAUCGUUUGUUCCUACUUAGUCUGUUCUAUAGUCAAAUGAGUCCCAGAGGUCUAUAAAGUGA